UUUCCUGUUGCAUCUUUGAUAUCGUUUCCUAGACUCUGCUCCAUGAUUUAAUUUGGAAUUCUGAAAUGAAGAUGGAGGAGACAGUGGGAAAAGUAGAAGAACUCAUUGAGUCUGCAGCCCCACCAAAAACCUCUGAACAAGAGACGGUCAAAGAGGAAGAUGGUUCUGUAGAACUGGAAUCUCAAGUUCCGAAGGAUGGUGUAGCUGACUCUGCAGUUCUUUCUUCAAUGCCCUGUUUGUUGAUGGAACUGAGAAGGGACUCUUCGGAGUCUCAGUUAGCAUCCACAGAGAGUGACAAGCCCACAGCUGGCCGAGUCUAUGAGAGUGACUCCUCUAAUCAUUGCAUGCUUUCCCCUUCCUCUAGUGGUCACUUGGCUGAUUCAGAUACGUUGUCUUCUGUAGAGGAGAAUGAGCCCUCUCAAGCAGAAACAACAGUAGAAGGAGAUACUUCAGGAGUGCCUGGUGCCACUGUUGGGCGCAAGUCCAGGAGGUCCCGUUCUGAAAGUGAAACAUCUACUAUGGCUGCCAAGAAAAACCGGCAAUCCAGUGAUAAGCAGAAUGGCCGAGUCACCAAGGUUAAAGGUCAUCGGAGCCAAAAGCACAAGGAAAGGAUCAGACUACUGAGGCAGAAAAGGGAGGCUGCUGCAAGAAAGAAGUACAACUUGCUGCAGGACAGUAGUACCAGUGAUAGUGACCUGACUUGUGACUCAAGCACGAGCUCAUCAGAUGAUGAUGAAGAGGUUUCAGGGAGCAGCAAGACAAUCACUGCAGAGAUACCAGAUGGACCUCCAGUUGUAGCUCAUUAUGAUAUGUCUGACACCAGCUCUGACCCAGAAGUGGUAAAUGUGGACAAUUUAUUGGCGGCUGCAGUAGUUCAAGAGCACAGUAAUUCAGUAGGCGGCCAGAACACAGGAGCUACCUGGAGGACCAGCGGGCUUCUAGAGGCAGGUCAUUUGGAUCCAGGAUUCCUAGCAGGUGACAAAACAUCUGUUGGCAAUGCACCACUUAACGAAGAAAUUCAUAUUGCCUCUUCAGACAGUGAAGUGGAGAUUGUGGGUGUUCAGGAGCAUGCAAGGUGUGUUCACCCCCGAGGAGGUGUGAUACAGAGUGUUUCUUCCUGGAAGCAUGGCUCUGGCACGCAGUAUGUGGGCUCCCGGCAAACACAGUCAUGGACUGCUGUGACUCCCCAGCAGACUUGGGCUUCACCAGCAGAGGUUGUUGACCUGACCUUGGAUGAGGAUAGCAGACGUAAAUACCUACUGUAAUGCAAUGUCACUGUUUCUCUGCACUGUUCCCUUUCACCUCCUCCUCUUUGUGACAUGGAAGUUCAUUGUCAUAGCUGCAGCUUCAGAAGCUGUUUGUGGCAUUUGUGGAAUUGAAAUUCAUGAUAACCUCCCCUCCUCUUUUUAUUAAAAUAAUUCACUUAGGAAAAUAACUUAUCACAGAGAAAAUAAUUUUUUUCUUUUCCUCCAUAAGAAUAUGAGAAUGGCGGAUUUUAUUAGACAACUUCAUUUUGCUUGGUGACUUACCUUAAAAGUCACCCUCCAUUUAGAAUAAUAUUUUACUUACUAGUCAAAAUGGAUUUCAGGUUUUGAAUCUUAUAUUUAUUUUUCUGAAUAAUGAAAUUAAUAAUUAAUAUCUAGAUGUGACCACCCUCUGUCUGCCUCACUGUCACUCCUACUCUAGGGCAUUUGCGCUCACAUCAGUCAGGUCCUCCUCAUUGGCACCUGGUAGGGCAUGUGCAUUUAGAAAACCCUUCCUUUACAGUGGAAGACAGAAGUAUUAUAAAAUAUAUUUUUUCUUUAGUGUAUGUCUUCUGCCUUCUUUCCUGACAUAGCUCCUUGUCAAUUUGCCAUGACACAAAUAUUUGAAAUGCCCCCUCCCUUUAUUUCCAGAUACUAUUAAGGGGACUCAAUUGGUCUCCUGUUGCAAUAAUUGUUAAUUCUUUGAGAGUUUCUGGAUAUCUGAAGAGUGCAUUGAGAGAUCAGUGGGAAAUCUCUCUCUCAGCUUUUCCCCCUGGUUUAUUCAACUAGGAAGGCAAACAUGGAAACUAGUUACUUGAGUAGGAAGAAUUUAAGAGGCUGUGUGGCAUCUAAGUCUGUAGGCACUUGCAAAUCUGAGAGGAAAGUGCCUUUUCUUGCAGCUGGUUGCCCCAGAGAGGAUGUGUGACAACUGUGUAACUGGACCUCAUGCUGUGUUUGCGUAGUUUUCUUUGCCUUCUAAGAUAUAUACACAAGAGAAAUGAAAACAUACCUUAAGAAGUCAGAUGCAAAGCACAUUGAUAGUACUUUAAGUCUUACAAUGUCUAAAAGGAUUAGUAAAGGGUAAUAGAAACUUCAGGGAAUUUAGGAAAUGCCAGCAGAGGAAUUUUGUGGCAUUAGUUACUACCUUUUUUCCUAUACUGUUGUAGUUACUAGUGAAGUACUUUAAAAAGCAAUACCUAGAAUAAGAACACCAUGUAUUGUGCACCGGGGGAGUGAAGUAAUACUGGCUCAGAAGACUUCACGUUUGUUUUAGUGGGUUUUGAUUCUGUUUGCAUUGUUACAUGCUUUGUUGCCAUGUCCUUUUGCCUCCCUCCUUAUGCCUUGCUGGUUCUUCCUGAUUGUAGGAGGAGACCAGCCAUUUUCAUUCAGUGCACACACAAUUGACUAAGGACCCAUACUGCAUAGAACACUGUGCAGGGUGGAUGCUGUGGAGGCCUGAGGGGAAUGAGACACAGCCUGCAUGCUCAUGCAUGAGUCUGCCUGGCAUUUUCUUUUUUCUUACGUAAAGACAAGUUUAUUCUUUUAUUCCCCUUCUUGUUACUUCAGGUCUUCUGUAGAUUUCUUCAGUAGGUAUGUAUUUGAGCACGUGUCCUUUGAUCUUUUCUGGUGGUAUUCAUUUGAUCUGCCCUCUGCUCACCAACUUCUCUCUUUUUUUUUUUUCCUUCAGUCUACUACUAAUUAGGCUUUAAAAAUCAUGAAUCUCCAGUGUCAGUACAUCAUUUAUCGCUCUCACCUGGCCACAAUCCUAGACAGAAACCAAAGACCCAGAGGCCAGAGCGAAACAGAACUUUGAAAAUUCACUGCUGGUGUAUCUUUGGACCUUCACAUCUUGCUUUAGGAUUAAUUUAUUGAGUUUUACUGUUACACAUUUUUUUUUUACUUGAAUUAAAAUACUCAACAAAGGAGAAACAUAAUUUCUGGUCUUUGCUUUCCAGAAAAUCAUUGAUAAGAGAAUAUAGUGGAGUGUAUGACUUGAAGUUUUCAUAGCUUAUAUCUCCCCCAGUAUCAGGGCACAGCCCCAUUUUAAAGAAUGUUUUCGCAUUACUUAUUUUCUUGUUAAUAAUGUUUUGUUCAAGUCUAUACAGUAGGUGAUUUCCCCUGACAUUUUCUUUAGUCCCUAUUAGCCAUCCCCUAACUUUGGGUGCACUGUGGAUUGGGGACAGAAGGGAGUUGUAACUAAGCUCUUUUCUGGCUUUUUGCCUUUAUCUUAGGUUGUACAAACAGAUCCUUACUCCUGAUGCAGGUCCCUGACUACUUGACUUGGUGCAUCAGAACAAAGAUGUAGGCAUUAAUAUGCAAGGAGUGAAGGGAUGCUUGAGGCUGUCGGCUCUCUAAAAAGUAUGGACUUUCCCAUCUGAUAACUAAUUAAGAGGGCAUCCAAACUCCUCUGUUAUUGCACAUCCAGGAGAGUGGGAAUGUGGUUUCUGGCAAGGUGUUAAUCAAAUUUUGUGACAUAUAACUCUCAGAACAUUUGAAAUUUUCUUAAAGAGUAUUGUUUUCUAAUUAAAGUUUUACAUUUGGUAGCGUAAGUAGUUCUUUAUGCUUUGCCAAGAUAUUGUUUGAGGGAUACAGUGGGAUCACAUAUUGGUUUAUGACACAAAUGUGGUUAAUUCCCUUCCCCUCCAAUUUGAAAAAUCAGA